AAUGCAGCACGACGACGAGAGAUUAAUCGUACUGUGUGCCCCCUAUCGACCAUUGCAAUACACUGAUUAGUAAUGCCGCCCCCAUGGAGGAAAGCAGGAGGCCCUGUGAAGAUGCUGUGAUCCGCGAUUGACAGCAAAACGGAAAGGGAAUAAUUUCGAAACCUUUUAGUGUCAUGUAAUUCAUUUCCUCGGAUAAUAAGGCAAUGAAGAUGGCGUCCCGGUGGACGGUUCAAGCCGUGCAGGAGUUCCUAAAGGAGCGAGGAGGGAGGGUCCAGCAGAUGGAGCUGAUCGAUCACUUCGCGGCGACGUGGGGUGGAAGUGAUCCGCUGAAGGAGAAGGAGGAGGCUCUGUGGCGCAUCGUGGACACGGUCGGCGUCGUGGAAGUGGAAGACGGCGUGAAAUUCGUGUGUCUCAACGUUGAAUGUAACAAACAGUCGGUGAUGUGCGUGAACGACACACCGAACAACAAGGGCCGAGUCAGCGGCAACCGUGACAACGGCCUGCAAACAGCAACUUCCUCUUCCGGUAUGGAUGACAUCACACAGUACAACAACCGUGGCCCACCUGCAGCCCCCUCCCCUGUGAACAAGAACACAACUACUUCUGUCGGAGCAAGCGAGGUGAAGCUCAGAGAGAGGAGGAGGCGAGAAUCUGCCCCGGUUAUCGGGGUGCCAGACCUGGACCACCAUGCCACAGUCUCCCACACCCAACAAGUCAGAGGGUCCCGCCGGGUGUCCAAAGGGUCCCAGCGAGCUUUGCUGACCAGUUGCCUGUCUGAGGACAGCUCCAUGGAAGGUCUGGAUCACAGAGGGGACGUGAACACACCCAAGGGGAGUCGCAGGAAUUUCAUCGAGCUCAUGAUGAAUAGUUCUCCUCAGGUUCGAAGGUCCCUCAUUAACCGAGGUCCACGCCUUCGAGACUCGAUGAGGAGCGACGGCGACUCAUCGUCUCUCCUUUCCUCAGUCACGGACGAGGAUUGCGCCUUGGUGACUCUGGACCCGCUGGAGCACGAGUGGAUGCUGUGCGCCUCAGACGGCCUGUGGGAGAGCCUGCAGCCCCUCCUCGCCGUGGAGGCCGGCCUGGUUGCCAAGAGGGACUUUGUCACGGGCUUCACUUGCCUCCACUGGGCGGCCAAGCAGGGCAAAGCUGAGCUGCUCUCCCAGCUGCUGACCUUCGCCAAGGACAACGGCGUGCCCGUGAAUGUCAAUGUGAGAUCCAGCGCUGGAUACACGCCGCUGCAUCUGGCGGCCAUGCAUGGACACACUCAGGUGGUUCGUGUACUGCUAUCAGACUGGGAGGCGGACCCCGAAGCGAGGGAUUACAGCGGCAGGCGAGCUAUCCAGUAUCUACCCGCACCCCUGGCUGCAGACCUCCAGGAGCAAGGGGUGGUCACCUCACCAGAGGCCGAGUCUGACAAUGACAACACAAGCAGCAGUAGCCGGGGGAGUGGCUGGCGCUUCCCGAAAGUCCUCCAGGGCAACCUGAACCCGCUGCGCCUCUUCAACUCGCCAGCCGCCGGAGCCUCCGAGGACGCGGUCGGGAACGGGAGGACCAAGGGUGCCAUGCUAAGGAAGUCGUCUCUGAGUAGGCUGAACGCUCGAUUACAUCGGGGGCGGCAUAGGGCUCAGAUCAUCCACAGCGCCUCCUUCAGGGACACGGGGGAAAUGGGAAGAGGAGAGCUUCCCAGCAGCCCGGUACGAACACGACCGCUCUCCAACUUGUUUGGAUGAAGCCACACUGCUCUCAACCAGCUAUUUAUUUAUUAAGUUUGACAUUUUUACAACUCAAACUCAUAGUUUAUUGUACAAUAACACACUUUUAUUCGGAACAGAUUUUAUUUACUAAAGGGAAAAAUGCACUUUUGCUGCAUUCGUUUAAUUUAUUUUAACAGAAACAUUGAAUGCAUCUUUUUUUUUUCUAUUUUUUCUAUACUUGCGAAAGCGGUCAUUUUGAUUCACUUUGGUGAAAAAGUCACACGAAUCCCAAGUGGUGUUUCUGGUGCUGAAUUACAACAGUUGAAUUGCAUUACCUCAGUUUUUGGUCUUAUUGUUGCAAAAGUCAGUUUUUUUCCCAUCAGCAGUUGCAAGCAGUAACAAAUGCACAGUCAGCGACAUGUAGGAUGCUUUGUUUGGGCACUCAAAACAGGCUACAGUAAUCCCUCGCCACUUUGCAGCGACACUUAAAAAAUAUAUAUAUAUAUAAAUUUUAUUAUUAGUAAAUAAAAAUAGUAUAUUCAGGCAUAUAUUUUUUUGCCUAAAUGAAGCAUUUUCAAGCAUAAAAAUGGCUAAAUAAUGUAAAAUUCAAUGCUGUCAGACGACACAUUCAAAGACAUUGUGAAGUAAUGAUAUUGAAAGGCUGGGUGAGACAAACAAGCACCAGACUGUCAUUGCAGGUUCUGAAUUAUCUCACAAAAGGCACACAAAUCCUUUAAAAAAAAAAAAACGUAUGACCUAACUUUCACUUUCUGUCCACCCCUCACUCAGCUCCUCGAGCACCGGAACACAUUUAUAGCAACAUGCACAAGCCUUCCUUGUCUUAUGUUCUCUUAUUGUGGCUACUAUAUUAGGUCAUAGGAGUAUAAAGAUGACUAUAGGGGUGUUAUACCACGCCCAGAGGGCUGUAAUAAUGUUAAAACCAUAUUUAGAACCGAAACCAACCAACUGCGAUACCUGAGGGAUUUACUGUAGUUUGUUGUGUCCAAUAUUUAUGUGCAAAAUUAUGUGGUAAAUGUAUAACUAAAACCGAGGUUAAUUGGGGAAUUUUGCUAUAUAUUUUUUUUUUUGUAAAAUUUUCUGUUACAGUCGCACUUGCCACUUUCAAGAAGUCACUCAAACUAUGUUGGGUCACAUGUUCUAUAUUCUAUAUUUUACACAAAGCAUUGAAACACCUUUUUAGUUUUGCUGUCACUAAUCACUUAGACAAAUAAGACUGUUUCACCUUGUUUGGGGGCUGCUAUACUGUUUUCUAAGUCAACCUGCUUCUUGAAACACUACGUGGUUUCUAAAUGCUGAUUUAUUUGGAUAUGAGUUCAGGGACCUUGACAACCAGCGUAGCACGGAUCAGUUAAUAUGCAAUCGAGCCAUCAUAAGCUGCAUUUAUCUCCCUGGAUUGUAUUGUUUUCCAAGCCGGUGUCACUUGUAGAUAUUCAAUGAUUCGCUGUUGUUGUCUCUUUUUAAUGACCAUCAUGUCUAUUUCCUGGAUUGUAUCACUGCACACGUCAUCCGUCCUUGCGUCUUUGUGCACUUUGAUGUCACUCUUCACGUGCAUGAGUGUGAGGAAACACUUUUAUGUUUUGUUUUGAUACUGUGAAGUUACCAGACUGAGCCACUUUCAUUGUCUCAUCCUACAAUGUGAAAUAAAGCAAUACUCAGUAGCACAACAAAA